AUGUCCGGCGGGCCCGCGUCGACCAAGCCGGCGGGGGGCGCCUCCGCGCGGCCGCACCACGCCGCCGCCACCAACUUCCUGCGCCAGUUCCGCGACCCGCACAGCCGCGAGCUGCGCCGCCUCUCCGCGCACCAGUUCAUGGACGUAAUGGUUAUAUCGAAGGCACGGAAUUGGACGGCUUCUUGCGAGAAUUCGUGUCUUCUGCGAACCAAGCAGAUGUCAGUCCUGAGCGGGUGCUGGCGCGCCCUGGCGUGGGCCGCGCGGGGGCGGGGCGGGGCGGGGCGGAGCGCAGCCCCCAAGGGCGUGAGCGCUCACACAUGUACGCAUGCGCAGGCGGUGUCGGACGCGAUGCUGCAGGAGCUGAAGCGCUGCUUCCUGGAGGCCUACGACGACAACCAGGACGGCAAAAUCGACAUCCGAGAGCUGGCCCAGCUACUUCCCAUGGAGGAAAAUUUCCUGCUACUCUUCCGGUUCGACAACCCCCUGGAGUCUUCUGUCGAAUUCAUGAAAAUAUGGCGUGAAUACGAUUCAGAUGGUUCUGGCUACAUUGAAGCGGACGAAUUGAAGAACUUCCUGCGCGAUUUGCUCAAAGAGGCCAAGAAAAUCAACGACGUUUCGGAGGAUAAACUCAUUGAAUACACGGACACAAUGAUGAUUGAAACAUUUAAAAAAUAUUAA